AUGUGGUUGUAUAUUCUUACCGUUCAGGGUCGAUUGGAACGUUUCUGGUCAAGUUGUGAAUCUGAUGGUUCAGCAUCAUGUGUGGCGUUCUCUGGAAGUGGGAGAUAUGUUGCUAUUGGGUAUAGUAGAGGAUUUGUAAAGAUCAUCAAUCAAAAGAGUGGCGCAGUUGAAGGGCACAUCAAGGAAGCAGUACAAAUUGGGCGUGGAGUACUAGAGGUUCUGUUUCUGGACUCAGGUCGCACUCUUUUGACACUUGAUAGCGGUGGAUCGGUUUUUGAAAUACACACUCGUCAUAAGUUCCGUUUAGGAAAAUCAAGAAUACGUUGCGUAUUUUCUGGUUGUAAUGGCGAGGUGCUUCACAUGCGUUUAAUGCCUCAAAAUCUCCUUGCUCUUCUUACCGUUAUGAUCAUUUCAUCACUUCCGAAAGUUAUUUUGCGUGUAACGGGGUUCUUUUGCUCAAGGGUUAUUCUGCUAGCGUUUUUUAAGGGCACGAAAAGUGACACACAAGGGGAUCUUCGUGUUUGUCUGGGACGUGGAUGUUCGCUUGCUAUGUUUAAGAUCAAUCCACAGCAUGCAAACAUCUCUAGAAAUGCUGUUGUGCUCCUUCACAGAUUUGAACUUUCUCAGGUUUGUUUUUAUGGUUUUUCGUACCACUUUGUCGGAACUUGUUUAACUAUCAAUGGUGACAAGUGCACAGUCACGCAAGACUCGGAACGAUGCAAAAUCUCCCUGCAGUUUGCCACUUCGGAUUAUAAGGGUCUUACAACCGGUGGCAAUGUAAGUCCAGCAAUGCAGUAUAUAGCCGAGAGAGCUUGUUACCAAUCUGUGUAUAGAAGUCGCAAUUCUGUUAUUGUGCUUUCACACGAUGAACUGUUCGAACUGAGUCUGCUUUCUGACGAAGAUCAAAUGAAGCUGUUCGUUGACAGGUUGGAUUUCGUAUCGGCGUGCAUGUACUUAUUCGACAUUUAUCGCGGACGCGUGCUUGUCAACAAAGAAUUUAAAGAUCGUGUUCCAAGCCUUCUUCUCGAGCAGUUACGUCGAGUUCUUGACAUAACUAUGAGUGGAUGCAAGGAAGGGAAAAUAUCUGAUCUGGUAUCACACUAUAAGGCAUAUAUUUCAAUUCUUCUUGCAGUUUGUAUAGGAGCACAAAUGCGCACGUUUUUAUACGAUGAGGUGUGGGUCGAGUUAGAUCCUUUGUCUCGUCUUAUAUUUCUUGAAUCUCUCGAUGAAUUUGUCCUUGAUGGAACCCUGGAAUCGCCACCUCCUUCAAUUGUGUCAGCGUAUAUCACUCAUCUGGCUUCUGAAGGGCAUUUCUCUCAACUUCAAGCUUCUGUCGUUCGUUUUCCAAUUCACUGUGUCGACAUACACUAUGUUAUGUCAACAUGCAAACAAAAUGGUCUCUAUGAUGGCAUCAUUUACGUGAUGAAUAAAGCCCUUGGAGAUUAUAUUUCACCUUUAGAAGAAAUGCUGUGCGAUGUUUCAUCCUUUGCAUCUCAUGAAGUACUGUCAGACUCAGAGGUGGAGAGAGGCAACCGUUUACUCUUGUAUCUACAUUGUUGUCUUGCGGGCCAUGCCUACCCUUUCGGUUCUCUACCUCAAGAACAGAUGUCUACAGUGCCAUAUCAAGUUUAUCAGUGUAUCACAUCAUUGAAAGGCAAGGAUGGUGUUUUUUCUGACGUGUCUUAUCCAUACCUUCGAUUACUGCUAACCUUUGAUGCACAACAGUUCACUCAUCUGCUUCGAACUUGUUCUGAUGCUCCUGUUUUCCAAAGUGAAGGUCGACUUCAGAGACUUAUAGAGAAUAUAGGUCGAUUAUCGAUGGACAUUCCAUGUGAAUCCGCUCUCGUUCAUUUUCUUCUACUCGUGAGCCAGUUGACUGAAAACAACAACAUAGUCAUUCCCAUUGAAAUUGUUGAAGAAGUAAGCUUAUUUAACACAUUUGUAACUGGUUUUCCUCUUAACGGGUUCCACCUCAUCAUAGCUGGGAGGUGCUCCUGGGUGUCGGAUUGCGAUGUACAGCGGGGGCAUUCGUCUCCUCGACAGGAUCUCCCAGGCUGA